ACCAAGGCUCCAUCCUCUCCGUCCAACCGGCGUCCGACCGGUGCAGAACUGAGAACGACGACACGAGUCAAGCCCACGCCAGACCGAGCUACAAAAACCAAACCUGAUUGGCUGCUGGAAGACGGCUCACACCAGUCGGGGAAGCAGGUUGAGCAUUAAAAUGGCCCUUCUCUGGAGUCUUCUCAGCAUCUGUUGCCUGGCGGGGUUCGUCAUCGGCCAGGAUAUGCCUUAUGAGGAGCUUCUGGCGCAGCUCAAAGCCUGCCCUAAAGAGUGCCGCUGCAACCCAGACUUCCCUCGCGCGAUCUACUGCGACAACAGAAGCCUGAAGAGCAUCCCCAACAUCCCUCCACACACGUGGUACCUCUAUCUGCAGAACAAUCUGAUCGAAACCCUGCCGUCAAGCGCCCUGAAGAACGCCACGCAGCUGCGCUGGCUGAACCUGAACCGCAACAAGAUCACGAGCGAAGGAGUGGACGCAGGUGUCCUGGGCGCCAUGACACACCUGGCGCACCUGUACAUGGACGACAACCUCCUGUCUGCCGUGCCGUCUCCACUCCCGGCCAGCCUGGAGCAACUCCGUCUGUCUCGCAAUCGCAUCUCAAAGAUCCCCGCCGGCGUCUUCGCCGGUCUGGAAAAGCUCAACCUCCUGGACCUCCAGGUGAACAAGCUGAUGGACGACGCCGUGACGGAGGUGAGCCUGAAGGGUCUCAGCGGCCUGGUGCAGAUGAACCUGGCCAAGAACCAGCUGAGCAGCAUGCCUCCGGGACUGCCAGCCACCACCACCCAGCUGUUCCUCGAUGGAAACAACAUCGAGAAGAUCCCAGCCGACUACUUUAAAGGUUUACCAAAAAUGGCCUUUCUGAGGCUUAACCACAACAAGCUCGAGAGCACCGGCGUUCCCAAAGACGUCUUCAACGUCUCCAGCAUUCUGGAUUUACAGCUGUCCCACAAUCAGCUGACCGAGGUUCCUCUCAUCCCCUCAGGCCUCGAACACCUUUACCUCGACCACAACAACAUCGCAAGUGUCAGCGGCUCCAACGUCUGUCCCGUCUCCAUCGAAGCCAUGGACGACAACUCCAACGAGAGCGCGCCUCGGCUGCGCUACCUCCGAUUGGACGGCAACCAGAUCAACCCGCCGAUCCCCCGGGACGUCAUCCUGUGCUUCCGCCUCCUCAGGUCCAUCGUCAUCUAAACCGUGACGUCAGCCGGUUGUGCGA